AUGGCGAUCCGACUACACAACCUCAAUGACCUCUUCCAGGGGCUAGCAGCUAACCGCUCCAGCCGCCUCUCGGAAAGAGCCGCGGCGCUGGGGUCCGAGGCCGAGGAGGAGAUCAUCGCCGAGGACUACGACGACAACAACGUGGAUUACGAGGCCACCCGCGUGGAGAACCUGCCGCCCAGCUGGUACAAGGUGUUCGACCCUGCCUGCGGUCUGCCGUAUUACUGGAAUGUGGAAACUGACCUGGUGUCCUGGCUGUCCCCCAACGACCCCAAUGCCGUCAUCUCCAAAGCGGCCAAGAAGCUCAAAGAGGUCGAGGAGAGGGUGGAAUGGGAGGAGGUUAGAGAGAAGAGGCAGCACCGCAGGGAGGACAUCGCCCCCUACAGCAAGUUGAAGAGAGGGAGAGAGCGGAAGGACGAGGAGAUGGACCCCAUGGACCCCAGUGCUUACUCAGAUGCCCCCAGGGGCACGUGGUCGACCGGCCUGCCCAAGCGGAACGAGGCGAAGACGGGGGCCGACACCACGGCCGCCGGCCCCCUGUUCCAGCAGAGGCCGUACCCCAGCCCAGGCGCCGUGCUCCGCGCCAACGCCGAGGCCACCCGGGCCAAGGAGUGAGCCGCCCCGCACCGCGACAACCCCCGCGGGGAGCGCGUCUGCCCGGGUUUCUGCUUCCUGGUUUUCUAUUGGUUAACUGAACUAAUUCCACACGGCGUUGGAUCAGCUGUCACUGCUCUGCAGAAUGCAGGCUCUCCGCUGGUCAUUCUGUCCACCGUUUUCUCGUCGGUGUGUUUUUGAAAAUACCCCAUCCAUACCGUCGUAACAACAAAGAUGAUAAUCGGGACGGUGCCUCCGGUAAAGCUCCCCUUCAGAGCCUCCCUGCAUCCAGGAGCCUGCCUGCCUGCAGGAGAGCUUUGCCACACAGCCCGUCAGGAGUGAGUGUCCCGGUGGGGUACUCUGCAUGCUCUCGGGUUUGUCUGCGUCUGUGUGAGGGGCUCCCCGCUUGCUCCCCAGUCCUACUGCCCUGCUGGGCCCUGGACCUUCAUCAAGGGGGCAGCUGAAUCCUGUCUGCGCCCUACAUGAGUCCUGCUUAGAGCAAGAUUCAUUUAGGAAGAAGAAAUGAGAAGCAGGAUCUGGGAAUCUGUGUCCCAGGAGACACCCUUGGUUAGCAGGCUGGUAAUCUAGGAUUUACGCUAAACACCCCCUAACCAAAUGCGUGUAUCAUCUUAAAAUGUGUGACUAGCAAUUUAAUGUGAUCCCCAAAUAUUACUUGGAUGCAAUUGGCUCGGCUUAAGAUACAAACCCUGUACUGUUUGCUGUAUAUUCUUUUCUAUUUUGAUAAUUUUUAAAGAAUGAUCAAAUCUCUGAGUUAGGUGUGUUGAAUAUACACUUCAGAAGACACAUCGCUUAUUUAUGUUUGUUUUGUAGAAAAAUAAAGUAUUCAAAUUUUGGAUACGGAUUAAAUAUU